AAAAUAUGCGUGGAUAUCACCGUAUACCACACAUUCUAUGACAACAGCCCGUAAGAUGGCGUGUUGAGUAGUCUGAUUGUGGCAGUAGACAUGAGUGUCGUGUGCGGCAAUUUAUUAUUUUAAUAUUACUCUUUUACUAUUGUAAUAUGUCUCAGAGUUCAUAUUCACGGGUUAAAAAAUACAGACAUUUUCAUCAACUGAAGAAAAAAGAAUCUGUAAACGUAGAAGGCGCUAAAGAAAAAACUCCGGAUUACAGUGAACGCAAUAAUGCCGAUGAGGAAGAGGUUAGUUUGCCAACAGCCAAUGAAAUAACUAUCCGUAGUGGAUCUAUUGUGGAUCAAAUUAGUGGAGAUGUCGAUGUUCGACAUCUCGAUGAUAAUGCUAGUGCUUGUGGUGAUAGUUGGUCGGGUGGUGAUGGUGAUUGUGGCUCGUAUAAGCAUCUUAAUGAUUGCAUCAGUGAAUCCAAUAGCAGCGUUGGAGACAGGGAUGAACCAAUUCUUGGGGGCUCAGGUUGUGAUGGUGAUUCAGAUGACAUUGACAAUGAUUUCAACAAAGUAUUCACUGACAGCAUUGGAGACAAGAAUACACAAACUCUGGACAAAUUGGAACCGCGGGGAAUGGAGCAAAAAAUUAAUCAAUGGGCAGUGAAAUUCAGAAGAGCUACAACAGCAGAAGCAAUCGAUGAAUUGUUAGCCAUUUUAAGAAGUGAAGGUUACACAUCAAUACCCAAGACUACACGGCAGCUUUUGCAAACUCCCCAUUGCAGACACCUAACAACCAUGAGAGGAGUUCAUGAGAUUCCAGGUGAAUUCAUUUAUUUGGGAAUCGCCUCGGGACUCAGAAAAAUAAUUUCAACUCAAAUUUAUCGAGAAAACGACAUUUCUCUUCUGGUUCAUAUUGACGGUAUGCAGGUAUACCGGAAUGCUAAGAAGGAAAUUUGGCCAAUUUCAAUAAAAAUACAGCAUCCAAAUUACACUACCAAACCCUUUGCUGCCGCGAUUUAUUGUGGGGAUGGGAAACCAUUAUCAGCCACAGAAUUCAUGACUGAUUUUGUUGAAGAGGCCAAUGAACUCCAAGAAAAUGGUUUGCGCAUUGAUGACAAGGUUUUUGAGGUGAAAAUUGUAGCAAUAGUGGCUGAUUCGCCAGCUCGAGCAUUCAUUUGCUGCCACAAAGCUCCUGGAGCCUUCUAUGCCUGUGGAAGGUGUUUCACCAAGGGCAUUACAGUAGGUUGUGGAAGACGAGGAAAACGCAUAUAUCCAGUGACCAAUGCAAAUUUACGCACUAAAGUAUCCUACGAGACGCGAGUUCAACCAGAACAUCAUUAUGAAGGUUCUGUGUCCCCGCUGCUCUCUUUGGAUAGAUUCGAUCUGACAAAACAAGUGCCAUUAGAUUUAAUGCAUUUAUUCUAUUCUGGUAAUAUGAAAUGGCUGCUGGAUAAAUGGCUAACGAGAAGUUCAGCCCAGAGGAUCAAAUUAGCUGAUGUUCGUCGGCUUGAUGAAUUUUAAACAGUAAGGAAUUCGUUAAGGAUUUGAGUGAAUAUGCUGGAUCUCUGCUAAAAAUUUGUUUCGAGACGUUACCUGAUGUUUAUAAUGAUGAAGGGGCUCAAG